AUGGCACCUCAGUGGUCCAUCGUGCGUGCAUACGUCAGUAGCUAUCCCGUCGUGCGACGACCACGGAUGGAACUUCGCGGACAUCUCGCAGUGCCCGUGGCGAUUCUCAGCCUCGGCUCGCCAUGUCUGUUUUCCUUCUACCCGAAGACGGGCACCGAGGACUGCAUGAAGUGGGAUCCUGCCAACGACGUACCUGGUGGCUACCAGGGCGGUCAGUCAGCCAUGAACACUCUCUUCGUCGAGCCGAGGAGCUUGCUGAUCUUCAGUCAUGACGCCUUCUGGCACCAUCGACAUGGCAUCGACGCAGCGGCAUCCGAAGACAUCCCGUCAAAUUUGGUGAAUUUGGAGCAGGCCGCUGCUUGGGGCUACAAGCCUGGGGACCGGCUAGAGCGAGCUCGCCGCGUGUCCUUUACCAUGAGGCAUUUGCUUCCUCGCUGUGCUUGCCAGGGCUGA